GGGUCUGUUAGACAGGAUAAUUUUAUUUAUUUAUUAUUGGUGCUGGGGAUCAGACCCAGGGCCCUGUGCGUGCUAAACCAGCACUUUAUUGAUGAAUGACAUCUGCAGCCCAGGAUAGGAUUUGUGUAGUUGCAGAUUACAAAAACUCAACCCAAACUGGCUUCCCCACAAAAGGAGGAUUAGGUUUCAUGCAACUGAAAAGUCUAUAGGCAAUUGCUUCAGGUGUGACUCCAGGUCUCAGGUCUUAAAAAAGCAUCACCAGGAAUCCCCGACUCCCUUUUUCAGCUCCAAGUAGGUUUCUGUAUCCGGCAGGCCCUGGAGUUGCUGCAAAGGUGACCGAUGGCUCCAAGCUCAUGCCUGCCAGUUUGGCAUCUGAGACGGGAAGAGAGGCUGCUUCCAGUUGGUUCUGGCAACUAUCCUUGGGUUGAUUCUCACGUGAUCAGCUUCUAUGAUGUGACCAUUAUGAGACAAUCACUGUGACGGGGAAGCUGAAUGCUGUCACAGUGCUGCACUUGAGAUGGAGUUCCUGCCCCUCUGGCUUUGCCUGGGUUUUCACUUCUUGACCGUGGCAUGGAGGAACGGAAGUGGGACGGCCGCAGCCACUUCCCAAGGGGGCUGCAAGUUGCUGGGUAGAGUUGCUGACUGCCAAGGACAGAAUCUUGCAUCGGUGCCAGACAACCUCCCCUCCCAUUCCUGGACACUCAUCCUGGACACCAACCCUCUCAAGACCCUGUGGAAUCAUUCCCUCCAGCCUUACCCCCUCCUGGAGAGCCUCAGCCUGCACAGCUGCCACCUGGAGCGCAUUGGCCGCCACGCCUUCCGGGAGCAAGGCCACCUGCGCAACCUGGGCCUAGCUGACAACUGCCUGUCUGAGAACUACAAGGAGACAGCAGCAGCUCUCCACGCCCUGCCGGGGCUGCAGAAGCUGGACUUGUCAGGAAACUCCCUGACGGAGGACAUGGUGGCACUUAUGCUCCAGAACCUGUCUUCUCUGGAGGCCGUGUCCCUGGCAAGGAACACCCUCAUGAGGCUGGAUGACUCCAUCUUUGAGGGCCUGGAGCACCUCAGGGAGCUGGAUUUGCAGAGGAACUACAUCUUUGAGAUUGAGGGUGGUGCUUUUGUUGGCUUGACUGAGCUGAGACACCUUAACCUGGCCUACAACAACCUCCCCUGCAUUGUGGACUUCAGCCUCACCCAGCUGCGGUUCCUCAAUGUCAGCUACAACAUCUUAGAGUGGUUCCUAGCGGCCAGGGAAGAGGUGGCCUUUGAGCUGGAGAUGCUGGAUCUGUCUCACAACCAGCUGCUGUUUUUCCCCCUCCUGCCCCAGUGCAGUAAAUUGCACACGCUCCUGCUACAGGACAACAACAUGGGCUUCUACAGGGACCUGUACAACACCUCGUCCUCACAGGAUAUGGUGGCCCAGUUUCUCCUUGUGGACGGCAACGUGACCAACAUCACCACGGUCAACCUGUGGGAAGAGUUUGCCUCUAGUGACCUGUCAGCUCUCCGCUCCCUGGACAUGAGCCAGAACCAGUUCCAGUACUUGCCAGAUGGCUUCCUAAAGAAAAUGCCCUCCCUCUCCCACCUCAACCUCAACCAGAAUUGCCUGAGGAUGCUCCACAUCCAGGAGCACGAGCCCUCUGGAGCACUUACUGAGCUGGACCUGAGCCACAACCAGCUGUCAGAGCUACGCCUGGCCCCAGGCCUCACUGGCUGCUUGCGGGGCCUCCGCCUGUUUAACCUGAGUUCCAACCAGCUCCUGGGUGUUCCCACUGGCCUUUUUGCCAAUGCCAGUAACAUCACUACAGUUGACAUGAGUCACAAUCAGCUCUCGCUCUGUCCCCAGCCAGCUCCCUUAGAUGGGGCCGGUCCUCCCAGCUGUGUGGAUUUCAGGAACAUGGCAUCUCUGAAGAGCCUCUUUCUGGAGGGCUGUGGACUGAGGACAUUACAGGACUGCCCGUUCCAGGGUACCUCCCUCACUCACUUAGACCUGUCUGGCAACUGGGGGGUUCUGAAUGGGAGCAUCUCCCCUCUGCAGGACAUUGCCCCCACAUUACAAGUCUUGUCUCUCAGAAAUGUGGGCCUCAGUUCCAACUUCAUGGAGCUGGACUUCUCUGGGUUUGGGAACCUGAGGCACUUGGAUCUGUCGGGAAAUUCCUUGACCAGCUUCCCAAGGUUUGGGGGCAGCCUGGCCCUGCGGACUCUGGAUCUCCGCAGAAACUCUCUCACAGCCCUUCCCCAAAGGGCCGUGACCGAGCAGCUCCUCAGGAGCCUGUGGACCGUCUACCUCAGCCAGAAUCCAUACGAUUGCUGCGGAGUGGAGGGGUGGGGGGCCCUGGAGCAUCUAAAGACCAUUGCAGACUUGGCCAUGGUCACUUGCAAUCUCUCCACCAAGGUCAUUCGUGUGAUGGAGCUGCCUGGAGGCGUGCUUCAGGACUGUAAAUGGGAGCAGGUGGACAUGGGCCUGUUCUACCUCGUUCUCAUUCUCCCCAGCUGCCUCACCCUGCUGGUGGCAUGCGCCAUCAUCUUCCUCACUUUUAAGAAGCCUCUGUUUCAAGUGAUCAAGAGUCGCUGCCAUUGGUCCUCCAUCUACUGACCUGGCUUUGUGUCAAGGUUAGACACUGGGCCUGUGCAUAGAAGGGCAUGUGCUCUGCUAGACUUUAAGAUCUGUAUCAAGGCCAAGACUGAUGGGUUGAGGGUUAAAUGAAAAUUUCAAAUGUUUCCAUUCCUCAGUCAAAGCCUUCAAGUCCUUCCUCCCUCUGCCCUUAUGAGUCAGUCUCAUCAUCCUGGAAAAAUAUUUAUUAUUUCAUAUUCUGUGAAAA